AUGGAGGCGGUGGUGGAGGGGAAGGACUUUAGCUUCCCGCGCGAGGAGGAGAAGGUGCUGCAGCUGUGGGAGCGCCUCGACGCCUUUCACGAGCAGCUGCGCCGCACCGAGGGGCUGCCGGAAUACGUCUUCUACGAUGGCCCGCCCUUCGCCACUGGUAACCCUUCGCCACAGGUCCCGCCCUUCGCCACAGGUCCCGCCCUUCGCCACAGGUGCCGCCCUUUGCCACAGGUAACCUCUUCGCCACAGGUGCCCUUCGCCACAGGCCUGCCGCACUACGGGCACAUUCUGGCCGGCACGAUCAAGGACGUGGUGACGCGCUACCAGACGGCGACGGGCCACCACGUCACGCGGCGGUUCGGGUGGGACUGCCACGGGCUGCCCGUCGAAUACGAGAUCGACCAGAAGCUCAACGUUAAGAGCCGCGACGAUGUGAUGAGGAUGGGAAUCGAUGUGUACAACGAGGAGUGUCGCAGCAUCGUCAUGCGCUACUCGUCCGAGUGGCGCGACAUCAUCACGCGCGUGGGCCGUUGGAUCGACUUUGACAACGACUACAAGACGUUGGAUGCGGGGUACAUGGAGUCGUGCUGGUGGGUGUUCUCGCAGCUGUACGCCAAGGGGCUGGUGUACCGGGGCUUUAAGGUCAUGCCCUUCUCCACCGCCUGCAACACGCCGCUCUCCAACUUUGAAGCCGGCCUCAACUACAAGGACGUGUCGGACCCAGCGGUGGUGGUGACGUUCCCGCUGCACGGGGACUUGGACGGGGCAGCGCUGGUGGCGUGGACCACCACGCCCUGGACGCUCCCCUCCAACCUCGCGCUCUGCGUCAACCCCUCCUUCUCCUACUGCAAGGUGCGCAACCGUGACACAGGUGCCGUGCUCAUGCUCGCCCAGUCCCGCCUCUGCGCCCUGCCCGGCCGCAAGAAGGCCAAGGGGGAGGCAAAGGUGGAGGCAAAGGUGGAGGAGAAGGCAGCAAGGGAGGAGAAGGGAGGCAAGGCAGGUGGCGGAGACAAGGGGAAGGGCGGCAAGGGAGGGGGGAAGAAGGGCGGAGGCAGCAAGGAGCAGAGCGGGGGGGCGGCAGCAGGGGGGGGCGGGGCAGUGGAGGGGUUGGAUGAGUCGCUGUAUGAGGUCAUCGCCACCGUCACUGGCGCCGACCUCGUGGGGCUCACCUACGAGCCCAUGUUUCCGUACUACAAGGAGGCCAUGCCCUCUGCGUUCCGCGUGGUGGCGGAUGGCUUUGUGACGGACGACAGCGGCACGGGUGUGGUGCACUGCGCGCCUGCCUUUGGGGAGGACGACUACCGUGUCUGCCUCGCCUCUGGGAUUAUCGGCAAGGUGCUCUGCUCUGCUCUGCUCUGCUGUGCCGCGCCGUGCCCGUGUGGAGUGGUGUGGUUUGGUGGUAGAACAGGUGGUGCAAAGCGGAUGACUGCUGGUCUGUUCCACCCCGUGCAGCGACCUCAGCGCCACCACUCUGCCAUUGCGCGUCCAUUUAUUUGUCUGUGCCCGUAUGGGUGCAUGUGUGCGCGGGUGCAUGGGUGCAUGUGUGCGUGGGCGCAUGGGGUGCAUGUGCGCAUGGGUGCACGCCUGUACGCAUCAUACAUGUGUGCACCUCAACACACCACACCACGGCAGGGCGAGGCGAUACCGAAUCCAGUGGAUGACGAUGGGCGGUUCACGGACAAGGUGGCGGACUUCAAGGGGCAAUACGUCAAGGAUGCUGACAAGCCCAUUCUUGCCAUGCUCAAGGUCAGGCGCUCUUGCCAUGCUCAAGGAGGCGGGGAGGGUGGUGAGUGUGGGGAGCAUAAUGCACUCCUACCCCUUCUGCUGGCGCUCCGACACGCCCCUCAUCUACCGCGCCGUGCCCAGCUGGUACGCCCCGCCGCUCCCCCUCCCUCCCUCACUCUGCCCACCCGCGACACGCGCCACCCCCUUUUCCCCUCAAUGUGCCUGCCUGCUACGCGCUCCCCUCCUGCUCUCUCCCUCCCUUCACUCUCCCCAACUGUCCGCUCUCAACCCACCACCCAUUCCCCUCUCCCAUAUUCCCUCUCCCUUCUCACCCCUUCCCUCUCUCCUCUCAUCUCCCAACUGUCCCCACCUCUCCUUUCCACCCCGUGUUCUUUCUCCCAUCUUUCCCCUUUUCCCUAUUUCCUCCCUCGUUUCCCUUGUGUGCGCUCCAUCUCCUGCUGUCCCCUCUCCCUGCUCCCCCGCUUGCCACCCCUGCUCUCUCCCCUCAACAUAGCGGUUGAGCAGAAAGCCAGCGCUGCUGGAGAGCAACGUGGGCACACAGUGGGUGCCGGAGUACGUGAAGCCACCCUCCCCUCCCCCUUCCCUUGUGUGCGCUCCAUCUGCCCCCCUCCCUCUCCCCCCUCCCACUCCCCCCUCCCACUCCCCCCUCUCCCCCAUCCCUCUCCCCUUACCCUCUUCCCCCUCCCACUUCGCCCGCACCCCAUCUCCCCCAACACCCACCCCCUCUUCAGGUUCAUAGCGGUGGAGGCGAUAAAGCCGGCACUACUGGAGAGCAACGCGGGCACGCAGUGGGUGCCCGACUACGUGAAGGAGAAGCGCUUCCACAACUGGCUCGAGAACGCGCGCGACUGGGCCGUCAGCCGCUCGCGCUUCUGGGGCACGCCGCUGCCCAUCUGGGCCAGCGAGGACUUCAGCGAGAUCCGGGUGGUGGGCAGCAUUGCAGAGCUGGAGGCGCUGGGCGGUGAGCAAGUGACGGACCUGCACCGGCACAAGAUCGACCACAUCACCAUUCCCAGCAGCAAGGGGGCGGACCACCCAAGGCUCAAACGCAUUGAGGAUGUGCGUGCUGCUGCCGGGAGGGAAGGGGGAGGAAGGGGGAGCGGGGCUGUGGGUGAGGCGUGGGGUUGUGGACCCGCGGCUGGUGAGGCGUGGCGUGGCGUGUGGGAUGGUGAGGAGGCAUGGCAUGGCAUGCGGGAUAGUGAGGAGGCAUGGCGUGGCAUGCGGGAUAGUGAGGAGGCAUGGCGUGGCAUGCGGGAUAGUGAGGAGGCGUGGCGUGGCAUGCGGGAUAGUGAGGAGGCAUGGCGUGGCAUGCGGGAUAGUGAGGAGGCGUGGCAUGGCAUGCGGGAUAGUGAGGAGGCAUGGCGUGGCAUGCGGGAUAGUGAGGAGGCAUGGCAUGGCAUGCGGGAUAGUGAGGAGGCAUGGCGUGGCAUGCGGGAUAGUGAGGAGGCAUGGCAUGGCAUGCGGGAUAGUGAGGAGGCAUGGCGUGGCAUGCGGGAUAGUGAGGAGGCAUGGCAUGGCAUGCGGGAUAGUGAGGAGGCAUGGCGUGGCAUGCGGGAUAGUGAGGAGGCGUGGCGUGGCAUGCGGGAUAGUGAGGAGGCAUGGCGUGGCAUGCGGGAUAGUGAGGAGGCAUGGCAUGGCAUGCGGGAUAGUGAGGAGGCAUGGCGUGGCAUGCGGGAUAGUGAGGACGCAUGGCAUGGCAUGCGGGAUAGUGAGGAGGCAUGGCAUGGCAUGCGGGAUAGUGAGGAGGCAUGGCAUGGCAUGCGGGAUAGUGAGGAGGCAUGGCAUGGCAUGCGGGAUAGUGAGGAGGCAUGGCGUGGCAUGCGGGAUAGUGAGGAGGCAUGGCAUGGCAUGCGGGAUAGUGAGGAGGCAUGGCGUGGCAUGCGGGAUAGUGAGGAGGCAUGGCGUGGCAUGCGGGAUAGUGAGGAGGCGUGGCGUGGCAUGCGGGAUAGUGAGGAGGCAUGGCGUGGCAUGCGGGAGAGUGAGGAGGCAUGGCAUGGCAUGCGGGAUAGUGAGGAGGCAUGGCGUGGCAUGCGGGAUAGUGAGGAGGCGUGGCAUGGCAUGCGGGAUAGUCAGGAGGCAUGGUAUGGCAUGCGGGAUAGUGAGGAGGCAUGGCAUGGCAUGCGGGAUAGUGAGGAGGCAUGGCGUGGCAUGCGGGAUAGUGAGGAGGCAUGGCAUGGCAUGCGGGAUAGUGAGGAGGCAUGGCGUGGCAUGCGGGAUAGUGAGGAGGCAUGGCAUGGCAUGCGGGAUAGUGAGGAGGCAUGGCGUGGCAUGCGGGAUAGUGAGGAGGCAUGGCAUGGCAUGCGGGAUAGUGAGGAGGCAUGGCGUGGCAUGCGGGAUAGUGAGGAGGCAUGGCAUGGCAUGCGGGAUUGUGAGGAGGCAUGGCGUGGCAUGCGGGAUAGUGAGGAGGCGUGGCGUGGCAUGCGGGAUAGUGAGGAGGCAUGGCGUGGCAUGCGGGAUAGUGAGGAGGCAUGGCAUGGCAUGCGGGAUAGUGAGGAGGCAUGGCGUGGCAUGCGGGAUAGUGAGGAGGCAUGGCAUGGCAUGCGGGAUAGUGAGGAGGCAUGGCGUGGCAUGCGGGAUAGUGAGGAGGCGUGGCGUGGCAUGCGGGAUAGUGAGGAGGCAUGGCAUGGCAUGCGGGAUAGUGAGGAGGCAUGGCGUGGCAUGCGGGAUAGUGAGGAGGCAUGGCAUGGCAUGCGGGAUAGUGAGGAGGCAUGGCGUGGCAUGCGGGAUAGUGAGGAGGCAUGGCAUGGCAUGCGGGAUAGUGAGGAGGCAUGGCGUGGCAUGCGGGAUAGUGAGGAGGCGUGGCGUGGCAUGCGGGAUAGUGAGGAUGCAUGGCAUGGCAUGCGGGAUAGUGAGGAGGCAUGGCAUGGCAUGCGGGAUAGUGAGGAGGCAUGGCAUGGCAUGCGGGAUAGUGAGGAGGCAUGGCGUGGCAUGCGGGAUAGUGAGGAGGCAUGGCAUGGCAUGCGGGAUUGUGAGGAGGCAUGGCGUGGCAUGCGGGAUAGUGAGGAGGCGUGGCGUGGCAUGCGGGAUAGUGAGGAGGCAUGGCGUGGCAUGCGGGAUAGUGAGGAGGCAUGGCAUGGCAUGCGGGAUAGUGAGGAGGCAUGGCGUGGCAUGCGGGAUAGUGAGGAGGCAUGGCAUGGCAAGCGGGAUAGGCGUGGCAUGCGGGAUAGUGAGGAGGCGUGGCGUGGCAUGCGGGAUAGUGAGGAGGCAUGGCAUGGCAUGCGGGAUAGUGAGGAGGCAUGGCAUGGCAUGCGGGAUAGUGAGGAGGCAUGGCAUGGCAUGCGGGAUAGUGAGGAGGCAUGGCAUGGCAUGCGGGAUAGUGAGGAGGCAUGGCAUGGCAUGCGGGAUAGUGAGGAGGCAUGGCGUGGCAUGCGGGAUAGUGAGGAGGCAUGGCGUGGCAUGCGGGAUAGUGAGGAGGCGUGGCAUGGCAUGCGGGAUAGUGAGGAGGCAUGGCGUGGCAUGCGGGAUAGUGAGGAGGCAUGGCGUGGCAUGCGGGAUAGUGAGGAUGCAUGGCAUGGCAUGCGGGAUAGUGAGGAGGCAUGGCAUGGCAUGCGGGAUAGUGAGGAGGCAUGGCAUGGCAUGCGGGAUAGUGAGGAGGCAUGGCGUGGCAUGCGGGAUAGUGAGGAGGCAUGGCGUGGCAUGCGGGAUAGUGAGGAGGCAUGGCAUGGCAUGCGGGAUAGUGAGGAGGCAUGGCGUGGCAUGCGGGAUAGUGAGGAGGCAUGGCAUGGCAUGCGGGAUAGUGAGGAGGCAUGGCUUGGCAUGCGGGAUAGUGAGGAGGCAUGGCGUGGCAUGCGGGAUAGUGAGGAGGCGUGGCGUGGCAUGCGGGAUAGUGAGGAGGCAUGGCGUGGCAUGCGGGAUAGUGAGGAGGCAUGGCAUGGCAUGCGGGAUAGUGAGGAGGCAUGGCGUGGCAUGCGGGAUAGUGAGGAGGCGUGGCGUGGCAUGCGGGAUAGUGAGGAGGCAUGGCGUGGCAUGCGGGAUAGUGAGGAGGCGUGGCGUGGCAUGCGGGAUAGUGAGGAGGCAUGGCGUGGCAUGCGGGAUAGUGAGGAGGCAUGGCAUGGCAUGCGGGAUAGUGAGGAGGCAUGGCGUGGCAUGCGGGAUAGUGAGGAGGCGUGGCAUGGCAUGCGGGAUAGUGAGGAGGCGUGGCGUGGCAUGCGGGAUAGUGAGGAGGCAUGGCAUGGCAUGCGGGAUAGUGAGGAGGCAUGGCAUGGCAUGCGGGAUAGUGAGGAGGCAUGGCAUGGCAUGCGGGAUAGUGAGGAGGCAUGGCAUGGCAUGCGGGAUAGUGAGGAGGCAUGGCGUGGCAUGCGGGAUAGUGAGGAGGCAUGGCGUGGCAUGCGGGAUAGUGAGGAGGCGUGGCAUGGCAUGCGGGAUAGUGAGGAGGCAUGGCGUGGCAUGCGGGAUAGUGAGGAGGCAUGGCGUGGCAUGCGGGAUAGUGAGGAGGCAUGGCAUGGCAUGCGGGAUAGUGAGGAGGCAUGGCGUGGCAUGCGGGAUAGUGAGGAGGCGUGGCGUGGCAUGCGGGAUAGUGAGGAGGCGUGGCGUGGCAUGCGGGAUAGUGAGGAGGCAUGGCAUGGCAUGCGGGAUAGUGAGGAGGCAUGGCAUGGCAUGCGGGAUAAUGAGGAGGCAUGGCAUGGCAUGCGGGAUAGUGAGGAGGCAUGGCGUGGCAUGCGGGAUAGUGAGGAGGCAUGGCGUGGCAUGCGGGAUAGUGAGGAGGCAUGGCAUGGCAUGCGGGAUAGUGAGGAGGCAUGGCGUGGCAUGCGGGAUAGUGAGGAGGCGUGGCGUGGCAUGCGGGAUAGUGAGGAGGCGUGGCGUGGCAUGCGGGAUAGUGAGGAGGCAUGGCAUGGCAUGCGGGAUAGUGAGGAGGCAUGGCAUGGCAAGCGGGAUAGUGAGGAGGCAUGGCAUGGCAUGCGGGAUAGUGAGGAGGCAUGGCGUGGCAUGCGGGAUAGUGAGGGCGUGGCAUGCGGGAUAGUGAGGAGGCGUGGCGUGGCAUGCGGGAUAGUGAGGAGGCAUGGCAUGGCAUGCGGGAUAGUGAGGAGGCAUGGCAUGGCAUGCGGGAUAGUGAGGAGGCAUGGCAUGGCAUGCGGGAUACUGAGGAGGCAUGGCGUGGCAUGCGGGAUAGUGAGGAGGCAUGGCGUGGCAUGCGGGAUAGUGAGGAGGCAUGGCGUGGCAUGCGGGAUAGUGAGGAUGCAUGGCAUGGCAUGCGGGAUAGUGAGGAGGCAUGGCAUGGCAUGCGGGAUAGUGAGGAGGCAUGGCAUGGCAUGCGGGAUAGUGAGGAGGCAUGGCAUGGCAUGCGGGAUAGUGAGGAGGCAUGGCAUGGCAUGCGGGAUAGUGAGGAGGCAUGGCAUGGCAUGCGGGAUAGUGAGGAGGCAUGGCAUGGCAUGCGGGAGAGCGUGGCAUGGCAUGCGGGAUAGUGAGGAGGCAUGGCAUGGCAUGCGGGAUAGUGAGGAGGCAUGGCAUGGCAUGCGGGAUAGUGAGGAGGCAUGGCAUGGCAUGCGGGAUAGUGAGGAGGCAUGGCAUGGCAUGCGGGAUAGUGAGGAGGCAUGGCGUGGCAUGCGGGAUAGUGAGGAGGCAUGGCGUGGCAUGCGGGAUAGUGAGGAGGCAUGGCAUGGCAUGCGGGAUAGUGAGGAGGCAUGGCGCGGCAUGCGGGAUAGUGAGGAGGCGUGGCGUGGCAUGCGGGAUAGUGAGGAGGCGUGGCGUGGCAUGCGGGAUAGUGAGGAGGCAUGGCAUGGCAUGCGGGAUAGUGAGGAGGCAUGGCAUGGCAUGCGGGAUAGUGAGGAGGCAUGGCAUGGCAUGCGGGAUAGUGAGGAGGCAUGGCGUGGCAUGCGGGAUAGUGAGGAGGCAUGGCGUGGCAUGCGGGAUAGUGAGGAGGCAUGGCAUGGCAUGCGGGAUAGUGAGGAGGCAUGGCGUGGCAUGCGGGAUAGUGAGGAGGCGUGGCGUGGCAUGCGGGAUAGUGAGGAGGCGUGGCGUGGCAUGCGGGAUAGUGAGGAGGCAUGGCAUGGCAUGCGGGAUAGUGAGGAGGCAUGGCAUGGCAAGCGGGAUAGGCGUGGCAUGCGGGAUAGUGAGGAGGCGUGGCGUGGCAUGCGGGAUAGUGAGGAGGCAUGGCAUGGCAUGCGGGAUAGUGAGGAGGCAUGGCAUGGCAUGCGGGAUAGUGAGGAGGCAUGGCAUGGCAUGCGGGAUACUGAGGAGGCAUGGCGUGGCAUGCGGGAUAGUGAGGAGGCAUGGCGUGGCAUGCGGGAUAGUGAGGAGGCAUGGCGUGGCAUGCGGGAUAGUGAGGAUGCAUGGCGUGGCAUGCGGGAUAGUGAGGAUGCAUGGCAUGGCAUGCGGGAUAGUGAGGAGGCAUGGCAUGGCAUGCGGGAUAGUGAGGAGGCAUGGCAUGGCAUGCGGGAUAGUGAGGAGGCAUGGCAUGGCAUGCGGGAUAGUGAGGAGGCAUGGCAUGGCAUGCGGGAUAGUGAGGAGGCAUGGCAUGGCAUGCGGGAUAGUGAGGAGGCAUGGCAUGGCAUGCGGGAGAGUGAGGAGGCAUGGCAUGGCAUGCGGGAUAGUGAGGAGGCAUGGCGUGGCUUGCGGGAUAGUGAGGAGGCGUGGGUGGCAUGCGGGAUAGUGAGGAGGCGUGGCAUGGCAUGCGGGAUAGUGAGGAGGCAUGGCAUGGCAUGCGGGAUAGUGAGGAGGCAUGGCAUGGCAUGCGGGAUAGUGAGGAGGCAUGGCAUGGCAUGCGGGAUAGUGAGGAGGCAUGGCAUGGCAUGCGGGAUAGUGAGGAGGCAUGGCAUGGCAUGCGGGAUGGUGCAGGGCGGCGUGGCGAUUACGAGGUCUCAUCUUCUCUCCACUGACCGCAGUCUCAUCUUCUCUCAACUUUGUGCCCUCACCUCUCCCCGGCGCUCCUCGUCCCCACCUUUCCCGUCCUCCCCCCUCACUCGCAGGUUCUACACGCUGAUGGUGCUGUCCACCGCGCUCUUCAACAAGCCAGCCUUCCGCAACCUCAUCUGCAACGGGCUCGUGCUGGCGGAGGACGGCAAGAAGAUGAGCAAGCGCCUGCGCAACUACCCGCCGCCCAUGGACGUGGUGGGGUCGUACGGAGCGGACGCGCUGCGCCUCUACCUCAUCAACUCGCCCGUCGUGCGCGCCGAGCCCCUGCGCUUCAAGAAGGAAGGCGUCUUCGCCGUGGUGCGCGACGUGUUCCUCCCAUGGUACAACGCGUACCGCUUCCUCGUGCAGAACACGCUGCGCCUCACCGCCGAGGGGCUGCCGCCCUUCCAGCCAAUGACGGCGCGCCAGCUGGCGGAGAGCAGCAACGUGCUGGACGUGUGGAUCCACUCAGCCAGCCAGAGCCUGGCGGCAUUCGUGCGCGCUGAGAUGGAUGCGUACCGCCUCUACACCGUGGUGCCAUACCUGGUGCGGUUCAUCGACAGCCUGACCAACGUGUACGUGCGCUUCAACCGCAAGCGCCUCAAGGGCCGCACCUCCGACCACGACUGCCGCUUCGCGCUCUCCUCUCUCUUCCAUUCCCUCUCCUCGCUCUUCCAUGUCAGUCCCUCUCCUCUCUCUUCCAUGUCAGUCCCUCUCCUCGCUCUUCCAUGUCAGUCCCUCUCCUCUCUCUUCAAUGUCAGUCCCUCUCCUCUCUCUUCCAUGUCAGUCCCUCUCCUCUCUCUUCCAUGUCAGUCCCUCUCCUCGCUCUUCCAUGUCAGUCCCUCUCCUCUCUCUUCCAUGUCAGUCCCUCUCCUCUCUCUUCCAUGUCAGUCCCUCUCCUCGCUCUUCCAUGUCAGUCCCUCUCCUCGCUCUUCCAUGUCAGUCCCUCUCCUCGCUCUUCCAUGUCAGUCCCUCUCCUCUCUCUUCCAUGUCAGUCCCUCUCCUCUCUCUUCCAUGUCAGUCCCUCUCCUCGCUCUUCCAUGUCAGUCCCUCUCCUCGCUCUUCCAUGUCAGUCCCUCUCCUCUCUCUUCCAUGUCACUCCCUCUCCUCGCUCUUCCAUGUCAGUCCCUCUCCUCUCUCUUCCAUGUCAGUCCCUCUCCUCUCUCUUCCAUGUCAGUCCCUCUCCUCUCUCUUCCAUGUCAGUCCCUCUCCUCGCUCUUCCAUGUCAGUCCCUCUCCUCGCUCUUCCAUGUCACUCCCUCUCCUCGCUCUUCCAUGUCAGUCCCUCUCCUCUCUCUUCCAUGUCAGUCCCUCUCCUCUCUCUUCCAUGUCAGUCCCUCUCCUCGCUCUUCCAUGUCAGUCCCUCUCCUCGCUCUUCCAUGUCAGUCCCUUUCCUCGCUCUUCCAUGUCACUCCCUCUCCUCGCUCUUCCAUGUCAGUCCCUCUCCUCUCUCUUCCAUGUCAGUCCCUCUCCUCUCUCUUCCAUGUCAGUCCCUCUCCUCUCUCUUCCAUGUCAGUCCCUCUCCUCGCUCUUCCAUGUCAGUCCCUCUCCUCGCUCUUCCAUGUCACUCCCUCUCCUCGCUCUUCCAUGUCAGUCCCUCUCCUCUCUCUUCCAUGUCAGUCCCUCUCCUCUCUCUUCCAUGUCAGUCCCUCUCCUCGCUCUUCCAUGUCAGUCCCUCUCCUCGCUCUUCCAUGUCAGUCCCUUUCCUCGCUCUUCCAUGUCACUCCCUCUCCUCGCUCUUCCAUGUCAGUCCCUCUCCUCUCUCUUCCAUGUCAGUCCCUCUCCUCUCUCUUCCAUGUCAGUCCCUCUCUUGCUCUUCCAUGUCAGUCCCUCUCCUCGCUCUUCCAUGUCAGUCCCUUUCCUCGCUCUUCCAUGUCACUCCCUCUCCUCCCUCUUCAAUGUCAGUCCCUCUCCUCUCUCUUCCAUGUCAGUCCCUCUCCUCUCUCUUCCAUGUCAGUCCCUCUCCUCGCUCUUCCAUGUCACUCCCUCUCCUCCCUCUUCCAUGUCACUCCCUCUCCUCGCUCUUCCAUGUCAGUCCCUCUCCUCGCUCUUCCAUGUCAGUCCCUCUCCUCGCUCUUCCAUGUCAGUCCCUUUCCUCCCUCUUCCAUGUCAGUCCCUCUCCUCGCUCUUCCAUGUCAGUCCCUCUCCUCUCUCUUCCAUGUCAGUCCCUCUCCUCUCUCUUCCAUGUCAGUCCCUCUCCUCGCUCUUCCAUGUCAGUCCCUCUCCUCGCUCUUCCAUGUCAGUCCCUCUCCUCGCUCUUCCAUGUCAGUCCCUCUCCUCUCUCUUCCAUGUCACUCCCUCUCCUCGCUCUUCCAUGUCAGUCCCUCUCCUCGCUCUUCCAUGUCAGUCCCUCUCCUCGCUCUUCCAUGUCACUCCCUCUCCUCGCUCUUCCAUGUCACUCCCUCUCCUCGCUCUUCCAUGUCAGUCCCUCUCCUCGCUCUUCCAUGUCAGUCCCUCUCCUCUCUCUUCCAUGUCACUCCCUCUCCUCCCUCUUCCAUGUCAGUCCCUCUCCUCGCUCUUCCAUGUCAGUCCCUCUCCUCUCUCUUCCAUGUCAGUCCCUCUCCUCUCUCUUCCAUGUCACUCCCUCUCCUCGCUCUUCCAUGUCACUCCCUCUCCUCGCUCUUCCAUGUCAGUCCCUCUCCUCUCUCUUCCAUGUCAGUCCCUCUCCUCUCUCUUCCAUGUCACUCCCUCUCCCUCGCUCUUCCAUGUCAGUCCCUCUCCUCGCUCUUCCAUGUCAGUCCCUCUCCUCGCUCUUCCAUGUCAGUCCCUCUCCUCUCUCUUCCAUGUCAGUCCCUCUCCUCGCUCUUCCAUGUCAGUCCCUCUCCUCGCUCUUCCAUGUCACUCCCUCUCCUCGCUCUUCCAUGUCAGUCCCUCUCCUCUCUCUUCCAUGUCAGUCCCUCUCCUCGCUCUUCCAUGUCACUCCCUCUCCUCGCUCUUCCAUGUCACUCCCUCUCCUCGCUCUUCCAUGUCAGUCCCUCUCCUCUCUCUUCCAUGUCAGUCCCUCUCCUCUCUCUUCCAUGUCACUCCCUCUCCCUCGCUCUUCCAUGUCAGUCCCUCUCCUCGCUCUUCCAUGUCAGUCCCUCUCCUCGCUCUUCCAUGUCAGUCCCUCUCCUCUCUCUUCCAUGUCAGUCCCUCUCCUCGCUCUUCCAUGUCACUCCCUCUCCUCCCUCUUCCAUGUCAGUCCCUCUCCUCGCUCUUCCAUGUCAGUCCCUCUCCUCUCUCUUCCAUGUCAGUCCCUCUCCUCUCUCUUCCAUGUCAGUCCCUCUCCUCUCUCUUCCAUGUCAGUCCCUCUCCUCGCUCUUCCAUGUCAGUCCCUCUCCUCUCUCUUCCAUGUCAGUCCCUCUCCUCUCUCUUCCAUGUCAGUCGCUCUCCUCUCUCUUCCAUGUCAGUCCCUCUCCUCCCUCUUCCAUGUCACUCCCUCUCCUCGCUCUUCCAUGUCACUCCCUCUCCUCGCUCUUCCAUGUCACUCCCUCUCCUCCCUCUUCCAUGUCAGUCCCUCUCCUCGCUCUUCCAUGUCACUCCCUCUCCUCCCUCUUCCAUGUCAGUCCCUCUCCUCGCUCUUCCAUGUCAGUCCCUCUCCUCGCUCUUCCAUGUCAGUCCCUCUCCUCGCUCUUCCAUGUCACUCCCUCUCCUCGCUCUUCCAUGUCACUCCCUCUCCUCGCUCUUCCAUGUCACUCCCUCUCCUCCCUCUUCCAUGUCAGUCCCUCUCCUCGCUCUUCCAUGUCACUCCCUCUCCUCCCUCUUCCAUGUCAGUCCCUCUCCUCACUCUUCCAUGUCACUCCCUCUCCUCGCUCUUCCAUGUCAGUCCCUCUCCUCGCUCUUCCAUGUCAGUCCCUUUCCUCCCUCUUCCAUGUCAGUCCCUCUCCUCGCUCUUCCAUGUCAGUCCCUCUCCUCUCUCUUCCAUGUCAGUCCCUCUCCUCUCUCUUCCAUGUCAGUCCCUCUCCUCGCUCUUCCAUGUCAGUCCCUCUCCUCGCUCUUCCAUGUCAGUCCCUUUCCUCGCUCUUCCAUGUCACUCCCUCUCCUCGCUCUUCCAUGUCAGUCCCUCUCCUCGCUCUUCCAUGUCACUCCCUCUCCUCGCUCUUCCAUGUCAGUCCCUCUCCUCGCUCUUCCAUGUCAGUCCCUCUCCUCGCUCUUCCAUGUCACUCCCUCUCCUCGCUCUUCCAUGUCACUCCCUCUCCUCGCUCUUCCAUGUCAGUCCCUCUCCUCUCUCUUCCAUGUCAGUCCCUCUCCUCGCUCUUCCAUGUCAGUCCCUCUCCUCGCUCUUCCAUGUCACUCCCUCUCCUCGCUCUUCCAUGUCACUCCCUCUCCUCGCUCUUCCAUGUCAGUCCCUCUCCUCUCUCUUCCAUGUCAGUCCCUCUCCUCGCUCUUCCAUGUCAGUCCCUCUCCUCGCUCUUCCAUGUCAGUCCCUCUCCUCGCUCUUCCAUGUCAGUCCCUCUCCUCGCUCUUCCAUGUCACUCCCUCUCCUCCCUCUUCAAUGUCAGUCCCUCUCCUCUCUCUUCCAUGUCAGUCCCUCUCCUCGCUCUUCCAUGUCAGUCCCUCUCCUCUCUCUUCCAUGUCAGUCCCUCUCCUCGCUCUUCCAUGUCAGUCCCUCUCCUCGCUCUUCCAUGUCAGUCCCUCUCCUCGCUCUUCCAUGUCACUCCCUCUCCUCGCUCUUCCAUGUCACUCCCUCUCCUCGCUCUUCCAUGUCAGUCCCUCUCCUCGCUCUUCCAUGUCAGUCCCUCUCCUCGCUCUUCCAUGUCAGUCCCUCUCCUCGCUCUUCCAUGUCACUCCCUCUCCUCGCUCUUCCAUGUCACUCCCUCUCCCUCGCUCUUCCAUGUCAGUCCCUCUCCUCGCUCUUCCAUGUCAGUCCCUCUCCUCGCUCUUCCAUGUCAGUCCCUCUCCUCGCUCUUCCAUGUCAGUCCCUCUCCUCUCUCUUCCAUGUCAGUCCCUCUCCUCUCUCUUCCAUGUCAGUCCCUCUCCUCUCUCUUCCAUGUCACUCCCUCUCCUCCCUCUUCCAUGUCACUCCCUCUCCCUCGCUCUUCCAUGUCAGUCCCUCUCCUCGCUCUUCCAUGUCAGUCCCUCUCCUCGCUCUUCCAUGUCAGUCCCUCUCCUCGCUCUUCCAUGUCAGUCCCUCUCCUCGCUCUUCCAUGUCAGUCCCUCUCCUCGCUCUUCCAUGUCACUCCCUCUCCUCGCUCUUCCAUGUCACUCCCUCUCCCUCGCUCUUCCAUGUCAGUCCCUCUCCUCGCUCUUCCAUGUCAGUCCCUCUCCUCGCUCUUCCAUGUCAGUCCCUCUCCUCGCUCUUCCAUGUCAGUCCCUCUCCUCUCUCUUCCAUGUCAGUCCCUCUCCUCGCUCUUCCAUGUCACUCCCUCUCCUCGCUCUUCCAUGUCAGUCCCUCUCCUUGCUCUUCCAUGUCAGUCCCUCUCCUCGCUCUUCCAUGUCACUCCCUCUCCUCGCUCUUCCAUGUCACUCCCUCUCCUCGCUCUUCCAUGUCAGUCCCUCUCCUCGCUCUUCCAUGUCACUCCCUCUCCUCCCUCUUCCAUGUCACUCCCUCUCCUCGCUCUUCCAUGUCACUCCCUCUCCUCGCUCUUCCAUGUCAGUCCCUCUCCUCGCUCUUCCAUGUCAGUCCCUCUCCUCUCUCUUCCAUGUCAGUCCCUCUCCUCUCUCUUCCAUGUCAGUCCCUCUCCUCUCUCUUCCAUGUCAGUCCCUCUCCUCGCUCUUCCAUGUCAGUCCCUCUCCUCUCUCUUCCAUGUCAGUCCCUCUCCUCUCUCUUCCAUGUCAGUCGCUCUCCUCGCUCUUCCAUGUCAGUCCCUCUCCUCGCUCUUCCAUGUCACUCCCUCUCCUCGCUCUUCCAUGUCACUCCCUCUCCUCGCUCUUCCAUGUCAGUCCCUCUCCUCUCUCUUCCAUGUCAGUCCCUCUCCUCUCUCUUCCAUGUCAGUCGCUCUCCUCCCUCUUCCAUGUCACUCCCUCUCCUCCCUCUUCCAUGUCAGUCCCUCUCCUCGCUCUUCCAUGUCAGUCCCUCUCCUCGCUCUUCCAUGUCAGUCCCUCUCCUCGCUCUUCCAUGUCAGUCCCUCUCCUCGCUCUUCCAUGUCAGUCCCUCUCCUCGCUCUUCCAUGUCACUCCCUCUCCUCCCUCUUCCAUGUCAGUCCCUCUCCUCGCUCUUCCAUGUCAGUCCCUCUCCUCGCUCUUCCAUGUCAGUCCCUCUCCUCGCUCUUCCAUGUCAGUCCCUCUCCUCGCUCUUCCAUGUCAGUCCCUCUCCUCGCUCUUCCAUGUCAGUCGCUCUCCUCCCUCUUCCAUGUCACUCCCUCUCCUCCCUCUUCCAUGUCAGUCCCUCUCCUCGCUUUUCCAUGUCAGUCCCUCUCCUCUCUCUUCCAUGUCAGUCCCUCUCCUCCCUCUUCCAUGUCAGUCCCUCUCCUCGCUCUUCCAUGUCAGUCCCUCUCCUCGCUCUUCCAUGUCACUCCCUCUCCUCGCUCUUCCAUGUCAGUCCCUCUCCUCUCUCUUCCAUGUCAGUCCCUCUCCUCGCUCUUCCAUGUCAGUCCCUCUCCUCGCUCUUCCAUGUCAGUCCCUCUCCUCGCUCUUCCAUGUCACUCCCUCUCCUCCCUCUUCCAUGUCAGUCCCUCUCCUCGCUCUUCCAUGUCAGUCCCUCUCCUCGCUCUUCCAUGUCAGUCCCUCUCCUCGCUCUUCCAUGUCAGUCCCUCUCCUCGCUCUUCCAUGUCAGUCCCUCUCCUCGCUCUUCCAUGUCAGUCCCUCUCCUCGCUCUUCCAUGUCACUCCCUCUCCUCGCUCUUCCAUGUCAGUCCCUCUCCUCGCUCUUCCAUGUCAGUCCCUCUCCUCGCUCUUCCAUGUCAGUCCCUCUCCUCGCUCUUCCAUGUCACUCCCUCUCCUCGCUCUUCCAUGUCAGUCCCUUUCCUCGCUCUUCCAUGUCAGUCCCUCUCCUCGCUCUUCCAUGUCAGUCCCUCUCCUCGCUCUUCCAUGUCAGUCCCUCUCCUCACUCUUCCAUGUCACUCCCUCUCCUCGCUCUUCCAUGUCAGUCCCUCUCCUCGCUCUUCCAUGUCAGUCCCUCUCCUCGCUCUUCCAUGUCACUCCCUCUCCUCGCUCUUCCAUGUCACUCCCUCUCCCUCGCUCUUCCAUGUCAGUCCCUCUCCUCGCUCUUCCAUGUCACUCCCUCUCCUCGCUCUUCCAUGUCAGUCCCUUUCCUCCCUCUUCCAUGUCAGUCCCUCUCCUCACUCUUCCAUGUCACUCCCUCUCCUCGCUCUUCCAUGUCAGUCCCUCUCCUCGCUCUUCCAUGUCAGUCCCUCUCCUCGCUCUUCCAUGUCAGUCCCUCUCCUCGCUCUUCCAUGUCAGUCCCUCUCCUCGCUCUUCCAUGUCACUCCCUCUCCUCGCUCUUCCAUGUCACUCCCUCUCCCUCGCUCUUCCAUGUCAGUCCCUCUCCUCGCUCUUCCAUGUCAGUCGCUCUUCCAUGUCUUGUUGUUGAUGCCAUUACCUCCCGGGUGCUGCUGAGGGUGUGCAAGGCCAUGGCGCCCUUCACGCCAUUCUUCACCGAGGCCAUGUACCAGAACCUCCGCAACGCCUUGCCGCCACGACCCCCCGCUGCGGACGGCGAGGCGGGGAAGGCUGCAGGGCUGGGGGGGGUGGCGGAGGACGAGGAGCAUGUGGAGUGGGCGGAGGAGUCGGUGCACUUCUGCUGCUUCCCCUCCUCCGACCAGCACGUGAGCCGCGUGAUGAGCUUGCGGGGUUAG